UGGGCUCGUGAUAUGAUCACGUGACGCGCGCUGACUCUGUUCUAGUUUCAAGUUGCGACAAGUUUGUAGUUUGUAGCCGUGUGAUCUUCUCCCUUGUAAGGCCUCUGCUACCAUGGCAGAAUUAGGUUUUGUCAUCUCCAUGUCCGUGAUGACCUUAUUUUGGGGCAUAGUUGGAGGAGUGGUGCCCUGGUUUAUCCCCAAAGGACCAAACAGAGGAGUUAUUAUCACAAUGCUGGUGUUAACUUCUGUUUGCUGCUACUUGUUCUGGUUGAUAGCCAUUCUGGCCCAGCUGAACCCACUGUUCGGGCCUUCUCUGUCCACUGAUGCCAUCUGGUACCUGAACUACCACUGGUCUUAAAUGGUCCUGACGGUGCAGACAUUGCUGCAGUGUCAGGGAGUGUCUUCUCUUCAUUUCAUGCUGUGGUUCAACCCCUUUGAAAUGCCUUAAACUCGCAUCCCUGUGUGGCCUUACGGAGUGACGCUCGCACCUGUGCCUUGUACAAAAUACAAUCUCUAAUCUCUUUAAAAAUGUAUCCAUGCUGAGUGUGCCUUAUUGUAAAAAUCCUCAAUAGUUUUUGGUUUGUGUAUGGUAUACUAAUGUUUAGUGCCGCUGUUCAGUGGAAUAAACCUGCAAUUAAAUGUUAUACCUCA